CGCAGCUACAAAAGUAAAGCUCCCGCCCACUUCUAAUUCUCACGUUCGCACAGCCAGUUUCUUUCCGUCUCAUGGAACGCCUACUAGAAAAAUCUACUCAUCAUUCUUAGAUAUCCUCUUUAGGGUUUCACAUCUUCCCAUUUGGCUUUCCCAAUCACCUUUGCAGCUAAGCUAUCACAAGCAACCCCGCCAAGGCCAUUUUCAUCACCUCCCCCCGGAUUCUGGCAUCUCUGUAUGACGACAUAACUACCUACUGCACUUUUGCCACGGUCGAGACCUGCAGCCUUGGGAUUUUCACUAUUUUAAUCCAUUUCCAUUCGGCCAAACACCAUUAACCUACUAUAUAUAAACCAUUGGCGCCAUGGCUCCCCACGCCGAAGAAGUCCUAGACAGCAGCAUGUCUACCAGCACUUCUCGACCAUCAGUCAUGGAUGGGUUCUCUGCUUUUUUAAACGGCGCCAACAGUGUCAAUGGACACUACAGCGCCAGUAAUGGUAGCAAUGGCAUAAACGGAGCCGUACAAAACGGCACUCACAACAAGUCUCGGAACGUCCGCAAAAGCCAAUUUGUCCUACCCACGCCAGCAGACGAGCUCCACGACCUUAUUUGCGUGGGGUUUGGUCCUGCUAGUCUGGCCAUCGCCGUCGCAAUCCAUGAUGCACUGGAGUCAAGGACACUAUCUGAGGCACCUAAAGUCAUGUUUAUCGAGAAGCAAGAGAACUUUGCCUGGCAUGCAGGCAUGCUGCUUCCCGGGGCAAAAAUGCAGAUUUCUUUCAUCAAGGACAUGGCAAGUCUGCGCGACCCUCGCUCUCACUUUACCUUUCUCAACUACCUGCACAAGAACGAUCGCCUUGUUCACUUCACAAACCUCGAUACCUUCUUACCGGCGCGCGUUGAGUACGAGGAUUACCUGAAGUGGUGCGCCAGUCAUUUUGAAGAUGUUGUCAAGUACAGCAACGAAGCUGUUUCAGUAAGACCAGAGCCUACACCUGCCGGCGGCGACAGCUCCGUCAAGAUCUUUGAGGUAGUCUCUAGGAACACCAAGACUGGUGUUGAGACACGAUACCGCGCCAAGAAUGUCAUUCUAGCCCUGGGCGGACAGGCUUCUAUCCCAAGGCCCCUACCCCAGGCUCACCCCAAGGUCAUUCACUCGUCUCAAUACGCUCAUGUUGUUCCCAGAAUUCUCAGGGACACCAGCGCUCCGUACAAAGUUGCAGUAAUUGGAGCCGGACAGAGUGCAGCCGAGAUUUUCAGCAACAUUCAAACUCUCUACCCCAACUCCAGAACAUGGAUGGUCAUGAAGUCGGAGUUCCUGAAGCCGAGUGAUGAUUCACCAUUCGUCAACUCUAUCUUCAACCCCGAGUUUGUGGAUAACCUGUACCCACGCGCAUCUAGUGAUCGGCGCCACCUGAUUAGGGAAGCAAAGGGAACAAACUAUGGUGUUGUUCGCCUAGAGCUCAUUGAGAAACUAUACGAGCUCAUGUACGACCAGAGACGUGAGCUUGGAAGUGACGAGAAGCAAUGGCCCCACCGUAUCAUGAACAGCCGUCGUGUGAUCAGCUGCGAGCCCAUCAAGGGCGACCGCCUGCGCCUGAGGGUCAGGCCUGCGUCAGCGACCCUCGAUGAGGUGGAAGACAUGCAGACGGAUAAUGGCGAAGAAGAGGAGCUCGACGCCGACCUUGUGGUGUGCGCAACCGGCUACAAACGGGAUGCACACGUCGGCAUGCUGCAAAGCAUGUGGGGGAUACUUCCUCAACUGAACGGCACUCAGUCCACCCCAUCUGAAGACAGGAAAUACAAGGUUCCCGUCUUCGACAGCUGGGAGGUGCAGCCGCCUGCAGAUAGCGAGAGCCAGGGCACAAGGUCACUCUCGGUUGGGCGGGACUACAAGGUGCGUUUCGCGCCAGAUGCCGUUGCUCCUGGCUCGGGCGUCUAUCUCCAAGGCUGCUGCGAGGGUACUCACGGGCUGAGCGAUACGCUCCUGUCCAUCCUAUCUACUCGAUCUGGAGACAUUGUGAACUCAAUCUUUGGUCCAAAUAAUUGAGAUAGGAUAUGGCGUGUGGAGGGGGCCCUGAGGAGGGGUUGUAUGGAGUCAAAAUAAGCUCGGCAACCAGUGUUGUUUGGCGCACUGAACAAACAUAUUUGAAACAAAAAAAGGGGGAUUUUGAAGGUAUCAUGAAAUAAUCAGCGUUUCUGUAUUUCGGGUAUAUUGCAUUACAUUUUCGAUAUCAAGGCCGGGUGCAGUUUUUCAAGGCAAUUUCUUUGGAGACGGAAUCUCGCGGCGACGUCGCCGGAUGGAUCGAUCCAAAAAAAAGCCCAUGGUAACGUUG